GAUUCCCUAGAAAUCAUACACCACACCAAGCAAUUACCUCAAACACAUCGUCAAGCUCAAUUGCCUUGACUCAUACAACACAUACCACCUUUCUACAUCUCCCAACACCAACAAGGAAAAAAAGACCCUCCAAAUCGACAACAAAACCACCGCCAAAAUGACCAUCCCUCUGUCAACAAUCUCCACCUUCCGCACAACUUUCAACCCUUUCCUUCGCUCCGCCCGCCCCUGCAGACUCAUCCUCUCUCUCCUCCGCAAUCCCACGACCACGCCGGCCUCCAGCCCCGGCCACAUCGACAUCAAGGUCACUCAGCUGCCGCGGUCGUCGACGCAAGAGCCCGAGUUGACGAUAGGGUUCAAGAAUGGCAAGGAGUUGAAGAUUGAGGUUGGAAAGCGCCAGAUGAAGAUUGGGGAUGUGGUUGAGGAGAUUGCUCGUGUUGGGAGAGCUAUUGAGCGUGAGGAGGCGCUGAAGUCUUAGGGGGGGGGUUUUUUUUUUUGUUUUCGAUGUUUGUUCUAUGAAGUUUGCAUGGAUUGGGUGGUGUGCUCGCAUCGGCAUGAAUGGGAGAGGUUUUAUCGUCGUGGCGCGGAGAGUUCCCUUGUCUGUCUGGUCUAUCCUGUUUACUCGGGAUUGGAUGAGAGGCUGCGCACUAUGACUGGGGCUUUCAGGACCGAAGGGGUGAUCAUGUCGGUCUGUUUGUACUUUGUACUAUCAUGUUCUGUAUGUGUAUGUGUAUAUAUUAGCCAUUGAGUG